AUGGCGUCUUCAUCGUCUAAAAAAUUAUGUUCUACAGGAGAUGGUUGUAAGCAAGUGGCAAUUACUACUUGUGAUGGAUGUUCACAAGCAUUUUGUUUUAAGCAUUUUACUGAUCAUCGAAAUCUACUCAAUGAUGAACUAAACAAAAUUAUUUGUGAACAUGAUGAUCUAAAAAAUUCACUUACCCAACAAACUAAUAAUCCAAUUUGUCAUCCAUUGAUCACACAAGUCAAUGAAUGGGAAACACAAUCAAUCCUCAAAAUUCAACAACGAGCAAAAGAAUUACGACAAGAAUUAUCGGAAUUAACGAAAAACGAUACAAAUAAUUUAUCUCAAAAAUUACAACAUUUAGCAAAACAAAUAAAUGAAUGUCGUGAACAAGGUGACUUUCUUGAGAUAGAUCUUUAUCGUUGGAAAGAAACACUUGAUGAUCUCAAACUAAACACUAUUUCGUCAUCAAAAUUAACAAUCAAUGCAGUGAAUGGAAAUCCAUUAAUUGAGAACAUUUCUGUUAAUAUAAAGAAUAAGCUAACAAACGAUUUAUUUGAGAGAGUAUCUGACAAUCGUGUGCAGAUUCGGGAAAAUGGUCAUACAGUUGUCGAUGGCGGUUCUUCUACAAUCGUGGAAGUUCGUGGCAAGAAUGAAUAUGUCUCAGGAGUUCAUAAAAUUCGACUAUGUAUUGAAGAAUUUUCAGGUACGUGGCUAUUUUUUGGAAUCAAUGCCAAAUCAACUCCUGUUCAAAAUGAUGUUCAUAGCGCUAAGUCAACAUAUGGAUGGAGCAACAAUAACUAUAGUUGGUCAAAUGGACGUUCAAACCCAAUAUCUUCAAAUCAUCCCAUUGAAAUGAAAAAAAAUGAUGUUAUUGGUUUAAUAAUUGAUUGUGAUGAUUUCAAAAUAUCAAUGAUCAAUGAACGUACGCACACAAAACAUGAAUUAACUAUUGACAUCAAUUAUUGCAGUUUACCUUGGCAAUUCAAUGUCAUUUUGUAUGAAAAGAACACUCGCAUACGCAUUUUGUCACCUGAAUUUGCAUCUUGA